UCGCGGAUAGACGCUCCUCGCUAACGUGGAGACGCCGGGCCAAAAGUUUCGCGAUCACGCAAACUGAGAAUCGCAUUCGAAAAAAGUUUGUCAGAUGUAAAAGACUCGUGUUUGAUCUUGAUUUUAGACAUUUGUCUCGAAUUUUUUUCUGGUUCGGAAGAACUUUAUUACAAGUUAUGACUCGCAUAUGUUCAUCUAAUUGCUAGUAGAAAAAGUUGCAAGACAGUAGAAGAAGCGUACUCCGCUAAGGAUAGGAGGCAUAAGUUCGACAGCCCUGAGAGAAUCACCGAAGCAGCUGUUAAGAUCAACAAGGCAACUGGAAGGAAAAUGCAGCGCCCCAAUUACUUCUACCAUUGUUCAAUUUUAACGCCGCUAUAAUUAAGAAAGGAAAUAAUUGGAAAUAAUCAGAUUCGAAUCAAGACAGCCUAAUAAAUAUAGAAAGGAGAAAGUUUUCAUCGCAUUAAGGAAAUUAGCUCCACCCCUAAAUUACCUUAUUAAGGAGAGCGCCGUCUGGAAAAGUUUUACUACUUAACUUCUUACAAUGCCAUCAAAGAUGUGAACACUGGCGGCGGAUCAGUUCCGUAAAACGUUUAUUUUAAGGUGCCAAUAUGUGAUUUCUUAACAGAAUUAUUUUCGUAUUAACGAAAUCCUUAAAAGCAAAGAUUGAGGUAGUGGAACAAUAGUCCAGAAAAUGGAGGAAAUCAACUCUACCCUAAGCACGGACCUGUCAUCCACGUACUUGCCGAUGGAAUUUGAAACGAACUCUACAAUUAUCCCUUUACAGUACAUGAAUAUUACAGAAGAGAUGCCUAUCGCCUACGCUGUACCCCUCUACGGCUACAUUGUACCCUUCCUGCUGGUGAUAACCAUAGUUGCGAAUACUCUAAUUGUAGUAGUUUUAAGUAAAAGGCACAUGCGAACUCCAACGAACGUGGUGCUUAUGGCCAUGGCCCUCUGUGAUAUGUUUACCUUACUCGUACCAUCCCCUUGGUUCAUCUAUAUGUACACCUUUGGCAACCAUUAUAAACCCCUGUGGCCGGUCAGUUUGUGCUACGCCUGGAAUGUAAUGCACGAGAUUAUCCCCAACAUGUUCCACACGGCAAGUAUAUGGCUGACGUUGGCGUUGGCAGUGCAGAGGUACAUCUAUGUAUGUCACGCACCCCUAGCGAGGAAAUUCUGUACUCUACCUAAUGUUUACAAAUGCCUGGGUUACAUAUUGUUCUUCGCUGCCCUUCACCAAGGCUUCAGGUUCUUCGACACCAACUUUCAAUCGGCGAGCACUACUUGGCACAAUGAAACUAUACAAGUGUGCACCAGAGACCGAGCCUACUGGGUGAAGGAAUAUAUCACAGAGAAUAUAUAUUUUAUAACAUAUUUUACAUUCAGAGUCCUCUUCGUGCAUCUGAUACCCUGCGUGGCCCUGGUUAUUUUAAAUCUGUUGCUGUUCCGAGCCCUGAAGCAAGCACAAAAACGAAGGGACAUCCUGCUGUCCUCCAAAAAAAACCAGAAAACGGAAUGCAAAAAGUUGAGGGACUCAAACUGCACUACACUCAUGUUGAUUGUAGUAGUGACGGUAUUUUUGAUUGUAGAAUUGCCCCUCGUGGUCGUUACAGUACUGCAUAUGGUGUCCAGCACUUUUUUUGAAUUUUUGAAUUACGAUGUAGUCAAUACUUUGAUUCUGUUUACUAACUUUUUUAUUAUAUUAAGUUAUCCCAUAAAUUUUGCCAUUUACUGUGGUAUGUCUAGGCAGUUCAGAGAAACAUUUAAGGACCUUUUUAUAAAAGGUGCGGUAAAUGCGAGAAAUGGAUCGUCCAGAUAUUCCAUCGUAAAUGGACCCAGGACUUGUACGAAUGAAACAGUUUUGUAAUUUUCUAUGUUAAUAUAACUCAAAUGAAAUAUAUGACGCUUAUGUAUGGACUUGAAAAAUUUUUUGUAUGAUGUAUAUUUUUAUUUAUUUAUACAUAUUUCAAAUCUUUAACUGUACAUAGAACUAUAUUGUAUUAUUACAUGUUGCAAUGUAAAAAGGUUAUUUGGAGAAAAUGUUAUGUACAUAUUGUCUGUUUAAUAUAUAUAGAUUUGUAUUAAUUUCUAUGUGCAAACUAUGUUGUCAGUGACUUUCAACAAAUCGAGCCCUUACUUGAAAGUACUUGACAAAUAAGGAUAUGGAAUAUUUAAACAUUUAAUUUUUAAUGAGUUAAAUGUUUAAUGCUCUGCUGUAUUUUGAACCUUGCUGGAGUUCUCUAGGAAGGUUUGAAUGUAUUUCUGUUUUAUGUCAUAAAUAUAAAAAAGUCUGUACUACAAAAAUAAAGAAAUGUUAAGUGUUA